GCAGAAGCUGAAGUUGCAGUUAAAAGUCCAAAGACUAGCAGACCCCAUAGUAAGCAUCCUCGCGGACAAUCGCACCAUGCGAGUAGAGGAGUACGUAGAGGGAGUCCAGGCGUAUUUCCGCCUAGAAAAGGAUGGGAAGGUGGAGAAAGUUCUCCAUUCCCUGACUCUCCUCGUAGAGGACAGCCUCCCGUUUGACAUAGUCCUAGGUAUGGACUGGGGAGAGGCAGCAGGGGCCACACUCCAUUUGAGGGAGCACGAGUGUAGGCUCCCUAGUCCAUCAGGCGGUGUCAAGACUGCCCGUCUGUUUCAUGUGUCCGGAGUAGACAACUCCCUAGCACACUGCUGCCUUAGCGCUCCUGUGUUCGCAAGGCUAGUGAAAAAGGAGCAGCUAGAGGAACAGGUUUUUGUAGCCUAUGUUAGGCCAGCUACUGAGCCUAAGGAAGAGAAGCCUAUAGACCCUCCUAUUGCCAAGCUGCUGGAAGAAUUCACAGACUUAGCGAAGCCGCCGAUAGGAGUAGUACCGCGGCCGAUCCAGCAUCGUAUUGAGAUCGAGCCUGGCAGUAGGACCCCCAAGGGAGCAGUGUAUAGGAUGUCCCCGCGGGAGUUGGAGGAGCUGCGCAAACAGUUAGAUGAGCUCCUAGAGAAGGGUUGGAAUAGGCCCAGUUCGUCUCCAUUUGGAGCACCUGUUCUGUUUGUCCCCAAGAAGGAGGGAGAGCUUAGAUUGUGUAUAGAGUAUAGGGGUCUGAACACUAUCACAGUUAAGAAUGUUGAGCCACUGCCCAGGAUAGACGAUCUUUUGGAUCGGGUGCAGGGGUGCAGAUAUUUUUCGAAGAUAGAUUUGAAGUCCGGAUAUCAUCAGAUAGAGGUUCAUCCUGAUGAUCAGUACAAGACAGUGUUCCGGACUAGAUAUGGGCACUACGAGUUCAUCGUGAUGCCCUUUGGACUAACCAACGCGCCAGCGACUUUUCAGCGAUGCAUGAAUGACCUGUUUAGGCCUUGGUUAGAUAGGUUUGUUGCAGUUUAUUUGGAUGAUAUCCUAGUGUUUAGUAAGACCCUCCAAGAGCAUCAGGGUCAUCUCAGGCAGGUCUUGGAGAAGCUAAGAGAAGCUAACUUCAAGAUCAACGCAAAGAAGUGCGAAUGGGCAAAGACCCAAGUUUUGUAUUUGGGCCACGUCUUAGACGGAAACGGCAUCAAGCCAGAGGAUAGUAAGAUUGCAUCGAUCAGGGAUUGGCCUACACCGCGUACGUUGACAGAGUUGCGGUCAUUCUUAGGCCUAGCGAACUAUUAUAGGAAGUUCGUAAGGAACUUCUCUACUAUCGCUGCGCCCUUUCGCAGGUUGCUAAGGAAAAAAACCAUCUGGAAGUGGGAUAAGGACUGCACGUCUGCCAUGAAGAAGUUGAAGCAGGCACUGAUAGAGUAUCCAGUCCUUAAGGUGGCCGAUCCGUCCUUACCCUUUGUCGUCACUACGGACGCCAGUCAGUACGGCAUAGGUGUUGUUCUGCAUCAAGACGAUGGCAAUGGUUAUAGGCCCGUAGAGUUCAUGUCUGCUAGGAUACCUUCAGAGAAGGUUGCGACAUCUACCUAUGAGAGGGAACUCUACGCUCUCAGGCAAGCGCUAGAACACUGGACCCUGAGGCCCGACCCCCUUGGCCCUGGCCUCGUCCUCCUCCUUGCGGCCUCCCUCCAGCCGCGACAGUAGCGUAGUUCUCCCUUGGCUCACGCCGCUGUCCUCUAGCCCCCACUCUAUCUAAUCGUAGGGGAUCUCAUCG